UUUCCCGCUUUGUUAGCUCCUACCCGCGGCGGUUCGGCUCCGACAGCGUCUGACAACAAGCGUCGUUUGUCAGCUUCUCGCGCCCUCCCCACCUCCUCUCCCGUGCCACCAUGGCCCCACGGCGGUGCUGAGGCGGCCCCGCGUUCACGCUCGGCCGGUGGACCGCGCUCAUCCGACUCUCGGAUAUCUCGCCAGAGGCCACAAUGAGCUCGGAAGACGCCGACGAGCCGCGGGACAGGCCCGACAGCAGCAGCAGCAGCAGCAGUCGUAGCAGCAGCAGCAGUGGUGGCGGCGGCGGCGGCGGCGACGACUCCGACAAAGAACCCGACAUGGACGGCUCGGACCACGACGGAGACCUCGCCCGGAGCUGCCCUCCUUCCCCGCCCGCAACGAGCGCGACUUCGGAAGAGCGUCAAGAACCAGCCGCCGCUCCUCGACCGGCAGGUGGCGGCGGCGGCGGCGGCGGCAGCGGAGGUUCGGGCUGCGACACUGGUCGGCCCACAAGUCUGUUCUCCUGGCUUCAGACCAGGUCCAUCAGGCGGGGCGUGUUUGUGGAUCCCGUGCGGGACAAUUUUAGGACCAUGACUAGCUUGUACAGUUCCAUGAACCCGGCGGCCGACUCAGUCAACCUGAGCACCAAGACUCACGGUGCCGUAUUCAACCUGGAGUACUCCCCAGACGGGUCUGUUCUGACGGUGGCCUGCGAGCAGACCGAGGUCCUCCUCUUUGAUCCCAUAUCAUCCCGACACAUCAAAACUUUGACGGAGGCCCACGAGGACUGUGUCAACAACAUCAGGUUCCUGGACAACCGAUUGUUCGCCACCUGUUCGGACGACACCACCAUCGCGCUCUGGGAUCUGCGCAAGCUGAACUCCAAGGUGUGCUCGCUGCACGGCCACGCCAGCUGGGUGAAGAACAUCGAGUAUGACACUAACACGCGCCUGCUGGUCACCUCGGGCUUCGACGGCAACGUCAUCACGUGGGACACCAACAGAUUCACGGAGGACGGCUGCCCGCACAAGAAGUUCUUCCACACGCGCUACCUGAUGCGCAUGCGCCUGACGCCCGACUGCUCCAAGAUGCUGAUCUCCACGUCGUCGGGCUACCUGCUGAUCCUGCACGACCUGGACCUCACGCAGUCGCUGGAGGUGGGCAGCUACCGCAUGUUGCGAGCCCGGCGGACCCCGCUGACUUCAGAUGGAGGCGCGCUGGCGUCCCGCUCGGCUGGACCUCGCCACGGAAACGACUCGGGAAAGUUGCACCCUCACAGAGAAGGCCUUUCUCCCAGGAACAGCCUGGAGGUUCUGACCCCGGAGAUCCCGGGCGAGCGGGACCGAGGGAGCUGCAUCACGUCCUUGCAGCUGCACCCCAAAGGCUGGGCCACGCUCAUACGAUGCUCCAGCAACAUGGACGACCGUGAGUGGACGUGCGUGUACGAGUUCCAGGAGGGCGCGCCCACCCGUCCGCUGGUGUCCCCGCGCUGCUCCCUGCGCCUGACGCACUACAUCGAGGAGGCCAACGUGGGCCGAGGCUACAUCAAGGAGCUGUGCUUCAGCCCGGACGGCCGCCUCAUCUGCUCGCCGUACGGCUACGGCGUGCGUCUGCUGGCCUUCGACGAAAGCUGCGGCGAGCUGGCCGACUGCGUGCCCGUGCAGACGGGCUGCCUGCGCGAGGUGCGCGCCAUCUACUCGCACAGCGACGUGGUGCUCACCACCAAGUUCUCGCCCACGCACUGCCAGCUGGCCUCGGGCUGCCUCAGCGGCCGGGUGGCGCUCUACCAGCCCAAGUUCUAGCGGAACACUCGCCCGCCCCAGGUACGCCCGCGUCUUCUAUGCACAGACCCGCACGCCCGCCAGGGACGUUUGAGUCCAUACCGACCCCCCGCGCGGGCGUGAAACGCUUCGUUCCGCCUUAAAUUGCAGAUUUAAGGCGGAUCUUUUGGGCCAGCGCAGCGGUCGGGUGGCUCGCGUGUCCGCCUCCCAGUUUGAAGGGUGGGGAUUGGAAUCUGUGCCGCGACCUUUCCUUCUGGACUGUUCCCGUGGGGCUGUCGCCAUGCUCGCGUGCGUUUUCUCCGGCCUCCUCCCGCAUUUCCGAAAGCCUGCGUGUCAGCUUCGUUGGACUUUCUAAAUUGUCCGUAGGUGUGAAUGUGAGUGUGACAGUUUUGUUUGUCUACACGUGUCCUGCGAUUGGCAGGUUGCCCCGCGGCGGAAGGGAAAAAAAAAGUUUUUUCCUCAAGAAACACAAAUUCAUUCUUGGAAUGCGGCAAUGUUUUGUUUUGGGGGUUUCUUUCCUCUCGACAAGCAACAACUUACAUCUUCUGACUUUAGUGAUCACAAUUCGACUUUUUUUCUGACCAAAAAUACGACUUAAAAAAAAAAUUGCAACUUUAUUGGAAGUGGAGAAACAUGAGUUUCAGCUUCCAAUGUGAUGGCAUUUUUUUUUCUCGAGGUUUUAAUCUCUAAAUUUUCUUGAAAACCACAUCUGUUUUCUAGAAAAAAAUGUAACUUUCUUUUACAUGCAGAAAGCAUUCCAUAUUUUCUCAACAAAACUGCGAAUAUUCCAGCUUUCUUGGAAAAAUGAGUUACAAAAAAAAAAAGCACUGUUCCCUCAAACAGUGCGGAAAACACAACUUCAACCAUGAAAAAUUUACCUUUUAACCUGCCGGAAGAUGACAAAAAAUAUCAAAAUUUUGCAAAAUGAUGACUUUUUUAGGAAAAACAAUGUAAAAAAAAAAAAAAGUUCCAAAGAUUUGAAUGUAUUCUUGCAACGUUGCAGCAAAUUUUCUGAAUAGAUGACGAUAUAAUCUUU